UCCUGUAAUCAUUUCUCUUGUUUACUUUUGAACUUUUUACUUCUGGACGAAUGAGACUUGGUCCAGUGAAACCUUCAGCUGAUAUCUAUGCUUCUAAAACAGUUCCAGCUCACAUGCAGGUUGUUCAUGACUGAACUACACAGGAAAUGAUCGUUGUCGAAGUGAAAGUGAAACUUUUCUGUGACUUUUCUUUCAGUCGCCAUUUUAACUACGCAGCACAAGGUCACAAACGUUUUCUCUCGUGUGAUUGGUCACUGGACUGAACACAGAUCCACAUCAGACGUCCUCCAGGAAACAGGAAUGAAGAGGCAACUCUUUAAAGUGCAAAUAUGAUGCUUUCAGUGGAGCAGUGUUAAAAUGACUGAAGUCCAGCAGAUGAGUGAUUGUGUGGAGAAAGACGAGGACAGAGCAGAGUCUCCAGGACCCAGCUGUCUGUCUGUGAAGAGUGACCAGUCUAUGGAACAACCUGUAGUCUUCAGUCAUGAACCUGGAGCCUCAGAGACAAAACACAAGUUUGCCGUUUCUGUGGACGAGCACACGUCCUGCUGUCCUCUGUGUCAGGACGUCCUGAAAGAUACAGUCUCCACCAGCUGUGGUCACUGCUUCUGCAGAUGCUGCAUCUCCUCAUACUGGGACCAGUCUGGUCCACCAGGAGACUCCUGCUGUCCCCAGUGUGGGAAAACACCCAGAACAGGACAUGGACCACAGACCAUCAGUGUACAGAGUAAGACUCCAGAUGUUGGUCUGCAGGAGGUUCUACAUGAACAUAAGAUGAGUCUGAGGAGGAGAUUUGAACAUGUGACUGAAGGAACUGAUGGAAGAGGAAGUAGAACCCUCCUGAACAGGAUCUUCACUGAGCUCUACAUCACAGAGGGACAGAGUGAAGAGGUCAGUACUCAACAUGAGGUGAUGCAGCUGGAGACAACCUCCAAGAAGAAGACGGUCCAGGACACUCCCAUCAAGUACUGCGACAUCUUUAAAGCCUUACCUGACCAGCAGGGGCGCAUCAGAGUCGUCCUGACCAACGGUGUCGCUGGUGUUGGAAAAACCUUCUCAGUGCAGAAGUUCACUCUGGACUGGGCCGAGGGUUUGGAAAACCUGGAUGUGAAUCUGCUGAUUGUGCUUUCGUUCAGGGAGCUGAACCUGGUCAGAGAUGAGCAGCACAGUCUUCUCACACUGCUCCAUGUUUUCUAUCCAACAUUACAGAAGGUCAGAGCAGAGGAGCUCGCUGUGUGUAAACCUUUGUACUUUGACGGCCUGGAUGAAAGCAGACUCUCACUGGACUUCAACAGCAGGUCGCUUGUUUCUGACGUCACACACAGGUCAUCAGUCAACGUGCUGCUGACCAACCUCAUCCAGGGGAAUCUGCUUCCCUCGGCUCUCAUCUGGAUAACUUCCCGACCUGCGGCGGCCAAUCAGAUCCCUCCUACAUGUGUUGACAGGGUAACAGAAGUACGAGGCUUCACUGACGACCAGAAGGUCGAGUACUUCAGGAAGAGAUCCAGAACUGAAGAUAUGUCCAGCAGAAUCAUCUCACACAUCAAGACGUCCAGGAGCCUCCACAUCAUGUGUCAAAUCCCAGUCUUCUGCUGGAUCAGUGCUACAGUUCUGGAGCACAUGUUGACCACAGAGCAGAGAGGAGAGCUGCCCAAGACCCUGACAGACCUGUACUCACACUUCCUACUGGUUCAGACAAAGAGGAAGAAGAACAAGUACGAUAAAGCAUCUGAGACGAGUCCACAGGAACUGAUGGAGGCAGACGGGGACGUUCUUCUGAAGCUGGGGAAGCUGGCCUUUGAACAUCUGCAGAAAGGAGACAUCAUGUUCUACCAAGAAGACCUGGACCGGUGUGGUCUUGAUGUGACAGAGGCCUCGGUGUACUCAGGGGUUUGUACAGAGAUCUUCAGAAGAGAGAGUGUGAUCUUUCAGAAAACGGUCUACUGCUUUGUUCAUCUGAGCGUUCAGGAGUUUCUGGCCGCAGUCUACAUGUUCCACUGUUUCACCAACAGGAAGACAGAGGUACUGCAGGACUUCUUCAGAAAAGAAGAUGGUGAUGAUGAUGGUGGUGGUUACACUUCUCUGGAUGUCUUCCUGAAAGGAGCCAUGGAGAAAUCACUUCAAAGUGAAAAUGGUCACCUGGACCUGUUUGUUCGCUUCCUUCAUGGACUCUGUCUGGAGUCCACCCAGAGACUCUUAGGAGGUCUGCUGGGUCAGACUCAGAACAGUCCAGAAAUCAUCCAGAGAGUCAUUGAGAACCUGAAGAAGAUGAACAAGUACCACAUCUCACCUGACAGAAGCAUCAACAUCUUCCACUGUCUGACAGAGAUAAACGACCAAUCAGUGCAUCAGAAGAUCCAAGAGUUCAUGAAGUCAAAGGACAGAGGACAGAAACUCUCUGAGAUCCACUGCUCAGCUCUGGCCUACAUGUUGCAGAUGUCUGAGGAGGUUCUGGAUGAGUUGGACCUGAACAAGUACAACACAACGGUCCAGGGAAAACGCAGACUGAUUCCAGCUGUGAGGAACUGCAGGAAGGCUCGAUUGAGGGACUCCUAUUUGUCAGAGAUCAGCUGUUCUUCUGUGGUCUCAGCUCUGAAGUCCAACCCCUCCCACCUGAGAGAACUGGACCUGAGCUGGAACGAUGUGCAGGAUUUAGGAGUGAAGCUGCUGUGUUCUGGACUGGAGAGUCCACAUUGUAGACUGGAGACUCUGAAUUUGAGUUGCUGCAGUUUGUCAGAGAUCAGCUGUUCUUCUCUGGUCUCAGUUCUGAAGUCCAACUCCUCCCACCUGAGAGAACUGGACCUGAGUCAGAACCAGGAUCUGCAGGAUUCAGGAGUGAAGCUGCUGUGUUCUGGACUGGAGAGUCCACAUUGUGGACUGAAGACUCUGAAGUUGAGGAGCUGCUAUUUGUCAGAUAUUAGCUGUUCUUCUCUGGUCUCAGUUCUGAAGUCCAACUCCUCCCACCUGAGAGAACUGGACCUGAGUCAAAACUAUGAUCUGCAGGAUUCAGGAGUGAAGCUGCUGUGUUCUGGACUGGAGAGUCCACAUUGUAGACUGGAGACUCUGAAGUUGAGUAACUGCAGUUUGUCAGACAUCAGCUGUGCUUCUCUGGCCUCAGCUCUUAAGUCCAACUCCUCCCACCUGAGAGAACUGGACCUGAGUGAGAACAAUCUGCAGGAUUCAGGAGUGAAGCCUCUGUCUGAUCUUGUGAAGAGUCCGGACUACAGACUGGACACUCUGAGAGUACCAGGGUAAAAUGGUACGGACAGGGCGGAGCUGGAUUGGCUACACCCACGACAUUCAGCUGAUUGGCACAGCCCACCCCCCGCCUACCAACCAAAGGUACUGUUCUCAGUGGAAACACAAGCCUGAACCAGGACUUUACCAUUCCAAACCGAACCAUACCAUGAUGGAAACACUGCAAAAUAUCAGCCCAGAGACCUGCUGACAUUUUGCUGCACCACAGUUGUUAUGUUUUCAAACGAUUGGCUUUGUUUCCACGUCUGUGGUUUGGCUUUUGGACGCAAUUCUUCCAUGAAGACCACUUCUGGUCAGACGUCUCUUGACAGAUUUCUUCUGAUUUAAAAAGGGAAGUAAGCAGGACGUGUCUUUCAUCUGCCACACUAAGUUUCCUUGGCCGUCCACAAUUGUCAACGUCGCCCGUGUCUUGGUGCUUCUUCCAAACAUCUUGAACGGCACAUGUUGAAACCUCAGUCUUUGCCUGGCUGAGACUCUGCUGAUGUCGCUGAACGACCUUGUGUCUUGUUGAUCUUCUCAGUCUCGCCACAGUGUUUGACCUGUGACAUGAAAACGUCUUCCACAACCUCACCUUGGUAGCAGAGUCUGGCUGUUGCUCAUCCACUUUCAAGGCGUUUCUACCUGUUGAGUCUUAUUGGUGAAUCAAACACCUGACUAUAAUCCUACAGAAGAACUGAUGCUGGUCUGAAGGCAGAGGGCGCUCACACCAACUAUUGUAUACAUUCAGAAAUCACAGUUACUUUAUGAUGACAUCAUGAGUGUUUGGUAAAUGAGCGAAUGUAAAGUGAUAAAUGAAACACGUGAAUGUGAAGCAGCUCUGAACUGGACCGAAGUCUCUGCUGCUUCACUGACUUCACUCACUGCCGUGACUCUGACUCGUCUUCUCUCAACAGGUGGGAGUGAUGAUGAUCUUCAUCCUGAGUCCUGCUCUGUGACGCAGCUUCAGCAGAUCUGGGACAAACAUCAUCUGAA